CCGGUGUCUCCAGCCGUGGCACCGGCAUCUGCUGAGACUCCUGCCUCGGGCUCGUCCUUUUUUCGUCCACUUUACCUUCUUCACGCCACACCUUGGAUGUGCACUUCUCACCUGAGGACUGUAAAGACUAAUUAGUUUGAAAAUGGAGACCCAAGAACCAACGGAUUCUUCUCAGAAUAUCAGACAGUCUAUUAUUUCAGAGGAGUUAAUUGCAGAAGGAGAUUGGGUCAAGCUUGAAAAAACAACUUACAUGGAUCCUACUGGUAAAACUAGAACUUGGGAAACAGCGAAACGUACAACCAGGAAGGGACAGGCUGCUGAUGGUGUAUCAGUUAUCCCAGUGCUGCAGAGAACUCUUCAUUAUGAGUGUAUUGUUCUGGUGAAACAGUUCCGGCCACCACUGGGUGGCUACUGCCUAGAGUUUCCUGCAGGUCUCAUAGAUGAUGAUGAAAGCCCAGAAGCAGCUGCUCUUCGGGAGCUCGAGGAAGAAACUGGCUAUAAAGGUGACAUUGCCGAAUGUUCUCCAGUUGUAUGUAUGGAUCCAGGUUUGUCAAACUGUACCACAUACAUCGUGACAGUCACCAUUAAUGGAGAUGAUGCAGAAAACGUAAGACCUAAGCCAAAGCCAGGGGAAGGAGAAUUUGUGGAAGUAAUUUCUUUACCAAAGAAUGACCUGCUGAAGAGAAUUGAUGCUCUGGUAGCUGAAGAACAUCUUACAGUGGAUGCCAGAGUCUAUUCCUAUGCCCUGGCGCUGAAACAUGCAAACACGAAGCCAUUUGAAGUGCCCUUCCUGAAAUUUUAAGGCCAAAGGACACUGGCCAUGUUUUGUAAACGAGACCACGAGACCUUCUUCACUAAGACUUUGUAUACAACUUACUUUAAUGUAGAUUUGAAAUUAGCAUUUUCAUAAAAUAAAAGCAGCACAGAAAGCAAUGUGGUGGUGGUAUGGAAUUGUAACUACAGGUAGGCUGUAACCUUCAUUUAAAUUUGUUGAGCUUUAGCUAAUAUCAGUGAAAAGAACAUAAAUGCAGGUGUUUACUCAUUUUUUUUUUAAGCUCAACUGUUAUUUUUCUAAUCUAGUUCAGGAGGUGGGGGGGUUUCUAUAGGAAAACAGGCCUGAGGUCUAAAUUAGAUCAACUAUUCUGACCCUCAACCCUCAAUAAAAAAUUGUAAAGCUGGUAUGCAAAUACCUAUUUACUGCAUUAGUGUUUAAAACAAAGAUUUAAAAAAAAAAAAAAAGACCU